AUUACUCAGCGGGCAAACCACGUUUGUGAACGCGCGUGCACUUGUCGGUUGUGCAGUUAGUACCCCCACAUCCGACGAGGCCGAUUAUCCACAGUCGCCUCGAAACGCCUUGGCCAGGGCCAUUCUUAGUCGUGACUCGUACAGAAGUUUGCAGUGUUAUAACGCCAGGCCUUCGCUAGCGUGUGCCGACGAAGUCCUUUGGAGCUACUCGAACCUUGUCGACGCUCGCUCACCAUGGACGUGGCGAGCACCCUCGUCUUUGCAUUCGACGCUGGCUCCCUGGAGAAGGAUGGAUCUGAAGCGCUGUCUGCGCAGAUCAACAUCUGGGGACCGCGCGAGACCCGGCUCGACAUGCCCUGCAGGCCAUCAAAGCUACACACCUCGGCUGCACGGUGCGUGAGGGACGUUCUUCGCUCCCGAAACGCCGACCCCGAACACGCCGGCGGCCUCUGCGUCAGCGCGCUCGCCGGUGACAGCAGUGAUGGCCAGGACCGCCUGCGGCCGGCACAGCACCAGCGGGGGCGGAGCCGCGUGCCCCGCCGGCGCCGCCGCGGCCGCGCCCGCCGCCGGCAGCUCUGGCUCCUUCUGCUUUUUCUGCAGCCGCCAGCCCUACGUGGUCAUUCUGGGUGAGCAGAGGGUGACCACCGCGGAGGGAACGACGGCCGUAGCGCCGCCAGUGCCGGAAGAACCGCGGCCGGCGGCGGCGGCGGUGCUGCCGGCGGCCCCCAUAUCGCCAGCCUUCCGCUCCUGCUCUUCAUCUCCCUUCUGCUCUCCGUCCUCCGGCUCUGGUGUGCGCAGCGGUGCUGGUGGUUGGGAUUUGCGGCAGCCCGUUUCCGAAGGCGGGGAUGGCGAGACGGCAGACGCCGCCCCCGCGACGGAGCAACACCCCGCCCACCACGGCCGCCACCAGCACAACCACCAGCAGCACCCACGGCAGCAGCAGCAGGGGCCCGAGGAGGAAGGGGAGGGGGAGGAGGAGGAGGAGGGGGAGGGGGAUGAGGAAGGGGAGGGGGAGGAGGAGGGGGAGGGGGAGGAGGGGGAGGUUCUGGUGGUGGAGCCGCGGCUGCGGGAGUUGUUCCGGGUGGCGCCGGCCUCCGCCGAGUACACCGCGGCGCUGCAGCAGCUGCCGGAGGUGUGGGUGGGCCCCCGCUGGGCUCUGCUGCAGCUGGCCAGCGAGAUGGUCGGCCGUAUGGCGCUCAACUUCAGGAUCCAAGGGCUGGACAUUCCUCCCUGGCGCCGCCGCGCAGUGGUGAUGGGCCGCUGGGCCGACCGCCACCUGCGCCACCUGCGAGCGCCGCCGCCGCCGCCCCUAGACCUAGGCAGCCCGGCUGCCAUAACGACGACGACGGCGACCACAACGACGGCGGCGGUCGUGAUGACAAACUCGGCGCCGCCCUCGCCGGCGGCGGCGCUACUGCCACGUCACUCCAGCGAGACGACGUCGGCGGCGCCGCACCCGCAGCACCCGCAGCAUCCGCCGCACCCGCGGCAGGAGGGCUGUGAUGCGGGCUGUGUUUCGCGCACCGGCUCUGUUGAGUCAGGCGUGGUAGAGGGAGGCGCCGGCGGCGGCGCCUGCAUCGUCAGCCGCACCAGCAGCAGUAGCAGCACCAGCAGCAAGGUCAUUGUGAGCGGCACCGCGGCUGCUACUGCCGCCGCUACUGCCGCGCUGCUGUACCGCUACUGCGGCGGCGGCGGCGGUUCUGGCGGCGGCAGGUGUGAGCCGGCAUUGGUUGUCUUGGGCUUUGGCCUGCCGGCGGCGGCUGGCGGCGCCUCCGGCUAAGCCUGCCUGCUGGGGCACACGCUGCCUUGCCAGUCGCCACUCGCGACUUCUGCGAGCCAUCAGCGGGUGCUGGCAGCAGCAGCAGGGCGCCUGCGUGCGCUAGCUAGCAGAUGAUUCUGCUAGAGGCAGCUUGCUAAAAAUAUAGGUUUGUGUGUGUGCUAGGUGUGCGGACUGUCGGCGGGCGGCGGCUGUGGGUGGCGCGUGGCCGAUCAGGCAGGUGUGUGUGUGUGGCGGGCAUCGGAGCGCAGGAGCAGACACUCAGGGCAGUACAGCACGAAGGCAAGCAGCAUGCAGAUGAGAUAGAACGGGGAAGUGCGCCAGCAGCGCGCUCGCUGCUCACUAGCUCUUUAGCUCUCGAGCUCGUCAGGAUGAUUCGCGCAGCGGCCGGCGCGACUGCAUACAGUAUACACACAUACAUACCCAUGCAGCGGGAAGCGAGGGGGCUUUAAGACUUUGCGGCAGUGCUAGCUCCAGCCGGCGUGUAGGAGGUGGGGCAGACUUAGCGCCCGAACAGGUGUGCGGGGCCCAUGCAGACAGCUGUGCUCGGCCUGCUAGUUCAAUGCCUAACUCAUCUGCGCGGACAUGCAUCUGCGUGUUUCUCCAAGGUUUCGGCAUUUUUUGAGGGGGCUUACUGUCAGGGCCUCCUCCUGUUGAGGUGAGGCGGUGUGGCUGUUUGACAUAUUGACGGGCGACAUGAAGUUGCGCACUACCGGCGUUAGGGUUGGUAGCCGGUGUGUUUGUGUGUGUAUUUGUAUUGGAGUAGCGCAAUGCGAGAGACGGAGAGGGGCAACGUGGUUGUGUGUGUGUGGGCUUACUUGCGUGUGGCACGCUGUAUGUAUGGGGGGGCAUGGACGUGUUGCUUCACGGCACGGCCAUGCACGAGAGAUCUCGACUGUGGAAGCAGGUUAGGCAGGCAGCAUGCACGAGGUCGGGGGGUUGCAGCUAGCGGCCAGGCAGCAGGGGCUCGGGGCUACCGAUAUUUGUGGUGUGUGUGUGUCUCUCACGGACGACAUAGUACGACGGAACGGGCGUGUGGGACCCGGGCGCAGUAGAAGUACAUGUGUGUGGGACAUAACAACUCACGUAAUGCUGUACUGCAGAAUUGGUGUUUUGAUUGGAAGGCACGCCGGGUGUUUGCAAGCCCUGUGCGGCCUUGCGGGCUUCUCAGGGGCCGGUCGGCCGGGCCCCGGAGCGGAGAUCGCCUGCUUGGCAUUGUUUGCGUGGGGUGAACCAAAGCACGUGUCGAAUCGCUUCGUCGAAGGGCUUGCUAUGGAAUAUGGAUUGUGUGAAGGCAUUUAUUUGGGGUGGGGCCCCCGCCCCCUCAACCAGGACGGCGGCAGGCCGGGUUCUAGUUACUUCACGCUUCAUGGCAAACAUGCGAAGUGGAGGGUAGGUGUUGAGAUGGCUACUGGCAUUAAGAGGAUUGCACCCCGAAUGUUGCGGUGCGGGGCUGUCAGUUGCGAGACAAUUGAGUGGUUGGUAGGCCGGCAAGGCUCACAGGGGCACAGGGUUCCCAUCCGAGGGCCGCGGUACGUUUGGUAGCCGCCGCCGCGGCGCCACCAAACAACAAAAAAUUCUUUCCAGUAUUGACGUUUGAUGGUUGACGCACGCCUUCCGUGCCGUAUUGAUGUUGACUUGCAAUUGCGAUGAGAUUGAGCCGACAUGGCAAGCUGAUGCCCGCAACAUUUUGGAGUUUUGGUCACGACGCUGCGUGGCAUGGCAAUGGUGUGCGGGUGUGGCGGGGAGGGGAAGGGGGCGGGUAACGGGGGUGGGGCAGAAGCCAGUGCCGGCACGCUGCCACCAGAGGCUGAGAGCAGUGCCCCGAUGGGGCCUGCUCGUAUUCACUCCCAUGUGCCCCUGGGACCUGGAUUGGCUCAUCGACGCCAUCCUUGCGACCCCUGUUUUGGAUGCCGGUGAUGGCAUUGCAUGGCCAGUUCAGGGUCGUCUACACUUUGUGGUAGGGCUCGCCGCGACUGGCUGAAGCGGCGACAAGUGACAAGUGUACAGCACUGGGCUAGCAGCCUAGCACUGAUGAGAAUAACCAACGCACUGUGUGUCUGUGUACCUUUUUGUACUUCUAGUUGGCUGAGAUCGGGGCCCAUGUGUGGCAGUGCCCGGGUCGGGGCCAGGGCGCCGGCCUGUGAGGAGGGGGGCCUGCAAUUGCUGGCCAGAGCGUGGCGCCGUGUGUGCAAUUGCUGGCGCAUGUGGUUACACUAGUUGCGCAACGGCUCCUUGCUUGAGACUGUUUGCUUCAACCUUUCAGGGUCGCCUGGUGGGGGCUGGGGUCUCAGCCAUGCAGCCACAUUAUUGGUGGCCUGGUGGUGGUGUCUUGCUGUGCGCUGAAACAUAUGAAUGCAUUUCUAGGCGGUCGUGCGGUCACAUUUCAGGAAUCACAAGUGUUACAGAGCUUAUAUAUACAUACAAUUGCACAGACUUCUAUACCGUACUCGUCGCGAUGCCUCUGCGUGCAUGUGCGCAUGCCUGUGUCUUGUGGGAGACGGCCCAGGGGCUGCCCACACACGCGCGCGCAUACACGCAGCAACAUACCGCACACACGUGUAACACGGGAGC